AUGGCCUCGUCGACGACGACAUCGGCAGUGGCAGCGGCGACCUCAUCUGCUGUCUCUGGCACACUUGAAGCCCCAAAGAACCUCAAGGUCGUUGGUGUUAUCUUGGCGGUCGCUAGCGGCGUCCUCAUCGGUUCGAGUUUUGUGCUCAAGAAGAAGGGCUUGAUUCGCUCGCAGGCGGGCGGAGAGCUUGGGGAAGGUGUAGCUUAUCUUAAAUCGGCGCUAUGGUGGGGCGGAAUGAUUUUGAUGGUCCUUGGGGAGCUGUGUAACUUUGCUGCCUAUGCCUUUGUAGAAGCAAUCGUCGUCACACCACUGGGAGCCCUAUCUGUCGUUGUAUCGGCUGCAUUGUCUUCGUUCUUCUUGAACGAGAAACUCAGCUUCUUUGGAUGGCUAGGAUGCGCAUUGUGCAUUCUCGGUUCAAUUGUUAUCGCACUCAACGCACCCCAUGGAGAAACCGUUGGUCAAAUCCGCGAGUUUCAGAAACUGUUCCUGGCACCCGGGUUCCUCUCGUUAACAUCUGUGCUCAUCGUUGCGUCCCUCGUAAUUGUCUUCUACUUUGCCCCAAAGUAUGGAAAGAAGAGCAUGCUGUGGUACAUUUUCGUCUGCAGUAUGAUUGGCGGCAUCUCUGUCAGCGUCACCACUGGCCUAGGAGCUGCUAUUGUUACCACUGCGAUGGGAGAUAACCAGUUCAAGCACUGGUUUAUGUAUUUCUUAUUCGCUUUCGUCGUGAUCACGCUACUGGUUGAGAUUUAUUAUUUGAACAUCGCCCUCGCACUAUUCAACACCGCUAUGGUCACACCGACAUACUAUGUCAUCUUCACAUUCUUCACGAUGGUCACCACUAUUGUGCUAUUCCAAGGCCUCAAGACUACAGUAACAGGCAUUAUCACCAUCGUCCUGUCCUUUAUCGUUAUUUGUAUCGGCAUCACCAUCCUCCAAUUAUCCAAAGUCGACCCCAAGGAAUUCAACAAGCUCGACCGUCGUUCGACUUUGCUCCUGCAAGCAGCUCGCGCCCAGACGGACACCGUCGAAGAGAAGACUGGAAUCGAAGACCCUGGAAUGGACACUCUCCGCGGUUCAUUCGGUACUGUUGGAAGCAUCAUCCGAGCACGCCGCAUGAGCCAAAGCAGUCGGCAAUCGCGGCUACCCUCUUCUAACACAUGGCUCGCCGACAACGACCCACACUCUGGUCUGAAGCGACACCAACUGUACGACGCUCCCGUGCCCCGCUUCGGUGACGACGGUGCAUCCAUCCGCGCGUCGUCAAUACGAUCACAGAACCCCGAAACCCCUCGCAAGCCCACCAUCAAAUUCGAUGACCGUGAUUUGGUGCAUUCGUACAACAGGCCUGGCCAGGGCGAGAACAAGACGACGCACGAGCUCCGACCAGCGCCCGCGACGCCGACGGUGGAUACCGGAUAUCCACCUCUGCCCGCCAUCCCCUCUGGUGACCUCCUGGAGAUCGAAGUGCAACCACCUUCCACACGGAACUCGAUGACCUCGUUUGGCACGAACGUGGCUGGGCUGGGAUCAGGGGGUGGGUUCGGUAGCUCGUCGGAGAGCACUAGUGGAAUGCGGGAUAGUACGAUGGCUGUAGUGGGAACUGGGGACUCGAAGGAUAGCCAACUACUCACCAUGUCGGCGCUCCUUUCGCAAGAACACGCCGUGCAUAGUGCGCCUGCGACGAUGUACCAGCGCCCGCUCCCCUACCGCAAAGAUUCCCGCGACAUCUUCGACCGGACAUCGACGACCGCUCGAGAUACGCUGCUGUCGUUUCCGUCUGUGACGGAUUCGGCAAGGAGUCAGGACUGGGACGACGGCGAAGCAGAGAAGAUCCGGCGGGCGGAUGAGAAGAAGCAGAAAGAGAAGCAGAAGCAGAGGGAUAAAUCAAAGGAGCGCGAGAAGAGGAAGAAGUAUCCCAAGGUGUCUGCGACUGACGAGGAUGAUAAGGAGGAGAGUGAGGCACUGUGGACCAAGUCGCCGACAUCUGAAUCUGAACCUGAUGAGCUGCCGCCUGAAAUGACAGGUAUUCGGUUGGUGCAGCGGAAGUGA